UGGACUGCCAAUUCCACCUGUCAUGCAAUUAUUAAUAUGUCUACGAUUUUACGCUACCGCUAGCUUUCAACUCGUCAACGGAGAUUUGAUGAUUAUAUCUCAGUUUACAGUAUCCAGGAUAAUACACAGAGUAUCGGCUCAAAUUGCAUCAUUGAUUCACGCAGUUAUCAAAAUUCCUAGUAUGGAAGCUGCUAUGAUCGCAAACAGAGAUCUAUUCAGACAACUUGGUGCACGCAGGGAGGGUUUACCUGGCGCUGAUGGCGCUAUCGACUGCACUCACAUUCGAUUAUCUCAUACGAAAUUUGCAGACCUGCAGGAGGUUUAUAGGAAUCGUAAGGAAAAUUUUUCCCUCAAUGUACAGGCAAUCGUCGGACCUAAUAUGGAAUUCUUGGAUGUGGUUCCGAAAUGGCCUGGAAGUAACCAUGACAGCCAAAUAUUCCGAAACUCACGAAUUUACAUGCAGUAUCAUGGGAGACAACUUACUGGAACCCUGGUUGGAGAUGUCGGCCAUCCGUGCUUGCCAUUUCUGCUGACUCCACUGGCAAAUCCAAUUACAGAUGCUCAACAAAGGUAUAACAACGUACAAAGCAGAACAAGGCAAAUUGUUGAAAGAACAUUUGGAGUUUGGAAGCGACGUUUUCCUUGCCUAUCCAGAGGUUUGGAAACCAAAUUGUUGUGCUCUACCACAAUUAUUGUAGCAUGUGCCGUACUACACAAUUUAUCACUAACAUUGGAUAAUGCUCAUCCGGAACAUAAUCGCAUCGAAGAGGAAGAAGCGGAUGAAUUGCCACCUCAAGCACCGCAUUGGCAGCCUGGAGAGGGUUUUGCAAUACAUGAAGCUCUAAUUGAACGGUUAUUCAUUUGA